AGGGCGAAGCCAACCUGCACUCGCAGCUCACGGGAGAGAGGCGCUAAUUACCGGGGGGGUUAAUUGCACCCUGUGCCAGAAAGCAGAAGGGUCGCUCCGGGGCCGGCGCUGCGGGGUCGGGGAGGCUGCGGGCGACCAGGCAGAGAGGGAGCGGGGAAGGUUUGGGGUUAGAGGCUGGCUCCACACAAAGGAGCGAGCGGCUGGGAGCCGGCUCGGCGCCGGGAGCCAAUCGCUGCCGCGGCCCCGCGAUAAAAGGGCUCGGAGCCGGCGCGGGCAGCGCAGGAAGCGGCUCCGCUGCACGGCCGCGGCCUCUGCGGCGGGACACGGGCAGCACGGCACGGCACGGCCCCGCCCUGCGGACCCUCCGGUGUUGCAAGAGGUCUGUCUUUGACACCACUGCAGGGAGCAUCGACCCACGGCCUUCCAGCUCAGGAUUAAACAGAGGGAGAAGGGAGAGGAACCAUGUUCCAGGCCACGGGAGCCGCCAGCCCAGCCCCAGCUCAUGAGGCCAAAACCAGCUCAGGAGGCAGCACAGUGCAGCGCUCCAAGUCCUUCAGCCUGAAGGCGCAGGUGAAGGAGAUGUGCACUGCCUGCCAGAAAACCGUGUACCCCAUGGAGCGCCUGGUGGCCGAUAAAUUCGUCUUCCACAACUCCUGCUUCUGCUGCAAGCACUGCCACGCCAAGCUCAGCCUGGGCAGCUACGCCGCGCUCCACGGGGAAUUCUACUGCAAGCCCCACUUCCAGCAGCUCUUCAAGAGUAAAGGCAACUACGACGAAGGCUUCGGGCGCAAGCAGCACAAGGAGCUGUGGGUGCACAAGGAGGUGGAGAGCAGCACCAAGUCGGCGUGAGCGGGGCCAGCCCCGCUCUGGAGCCCUGCAGGAGCUGAGCUGGGUGAACUGAGCUGAUGUAGAGCAGGACCUGGGGCAGGGAGAGGGGAGCCCUUCUUUGGAGGGUGCUCAGAGGGGUCCUGCAGGCUGGAAGGACAGGGCAGAGGUGAGCAGGGUGUAGUCCCCACACCUGAAGCCCUCCUCUCUGCAGGCUCCUCUCCCCAGUGAGAUCAGAGCAGCAGCAAUGCCCCCCAUGGGACCCCCAGCCCUGUCACCAUGGAGAAGGGAUGAGCUGGGGGCUUAUCCAGCCUGGGAGCCACUGCAGAGCUCCCAGCUCUGCCAGCCCUGCACUGCUGGGGCUCUGGCUGAGGAGGGUCCUUGGUUUUACAUCAGCUCAGUUCAGCUGGGAUGGUUUCAGCCUUAAGGAUGUUGCCCUGCCACGGUUUCAGUGUCUGUUUUUUAUAUUUGCCUUCCACUGGUACGUUCUGCGCUGGAGCCUCGCGGCAGCUUCACCUGCGCGCCUUUAUUUUUGUAAUACAAGGUUUCCCAGCCUUC